AAUCUUGUGGAAGAGCUGCUCCUUUAGGCAUCAUACAGACCAUGCUGGGUUGUAGUUGCCAAUCUCCUUAGCUCCUUGCUCCUUUAGAUGGAGGGCUCCUUGAGAGCAGGAAGAGCUCUUCUGGCCUUGGGAAUCCUACAGAACAAGCGCGUACUCAGUACUGGGAAAGUGUGCCAAGGCUGUCUUCUGCAGACGGACUAUUUACAGAACAGGAAUGCCAGAGCGCCAAAGAAGAAGCACCAAUAAUGUAAUCCACUCGCCUUGUCCGGCUGCUAAGAAUGCCUUGGUAAAUAUUAGCUAAUGUGCAGACUUUUGCUUGCUAUUAAGAUUUGCUGGUUUCAGUAGAAAGGAACCUACAAAGUGGUUGCUAUACUCACGUAACUCAGACACCAGGGACAAUCCCUAAUCACCCCAAGGCUCAUAAAAUACACAUUGGCUCUUUCGGUGGCUAGAUUAAGUGCCAUUGUCUCAGUAGAGAAGGCUAUGUGUGAUAAUACCCAGAUCUGCCUUGUGAAUGACAGGUUUGCUUAAUGGAUGAAUUUAUCCCAUAUCCUUGUAUUUUCUAAGUAGAAUUCUCACUCACUGAACAAAUAAAUCAGCAGCAAAGGUUAGCCCAGUACAUGUAAAAAGUGCCUUCAGUUAAUGCCAGAUUUUCCUCAAUAAAGCCAACAAGAAAGGCAUCUUUUCCAUCUCAGUUUCUUACGUAACAAUACUGUUGAAUAGAGAGAUUAAUGUGGUGUCUUGUUUCUUCCUGGUAUGAUCUUGCGUUCGUAUUACAAAUAUGUACUUGUCAACAUCUACAUAUCCACCUGUAAUUUGUGAACCCUUUGAAAACUCAGUGUGUCGCAGAAAAUAGAUGGAGAGAUUGAUGAUAACUAAUUGUUUCUGCCCAAAAGUUAUUUGGUAUGACUUAGGAGAAACAGCAGGUGAGCUGUGGAGCGUAGCAAAGGAGAAGAGGGCCUUGCUGGAACUCGGUCUGCACCUGUGGCUGGGGACCUAGCUGCUGGUUUGUCAUGUCUUAGCAUGACGGUAUUCAAGCCAUGUGAGAUCAGAAGAAAAGAAAAUAUAUAUAUAUAUACCCAGCUCUGGGCUUGGUCUGAGGACAACCAGUUGUCUUGGUUUAAAAAUCACACAACUCUGUUAUCAGAUCAUUUUCAAACAAAUAGAAAUUAGAAUCAGUCCAUUGACUGAAGCCCAAAAUAACUUAGGCUGGGUUGGAGGGAAAUCAGCCUGCUUGCAGAGACCAACAGCCAACGGCACUUCCUUGCUUUUCCCAGCCAUGGAUGCUUCAGGCCACGGUGUGUUUAAGCAGCUGACCAGGGUGUUGACUGAAAGGAUGCUCAAACACCUUCGGAAAUGGUUUGUCAUGCACCUUUUCCAGCAGUCUCGGCAAAGGGCAAGGCUGGUCUCCAAGGAUGGAAGGUGCAACAUAGAGUUUGGCAAUGUGGAGGCACAGUCAAGACUUAUAUUCUUCGUGGACAUCUGGACAACAGUGCUUGACCUCAAAUGGAGAUAUAAAAUGACCAUUUUCAUCACAGCCUUCUUGGGGAGUUGGUUCCUUUUUGGUCUUCUGUGGUACGUGGUAGCCUAUGUGCACAAGGACCUCCCAGAAUUCCAUCCGUCUGUAAACCACACUCCCUGUGUGGAGAACAUCAACGGCAUGACCUCAGCAUUUCUGUUUUCCCUGGAAACCCAAGUGACCAUCGGAUAUGGAUUCAGGUGUGUGACGGAAAAAUGUGCCACGGCCAUUUUUCUGCUUAUCUGCCAGUCUAUACUUGGGGUUAUCAUCAACUCUUUCAUGUGUGGCGCCAUCUUAGCCAAGAUCUCCCGGCCCAAAAAACGUGCAAAGACCAUUACAUUCAGCAAGAACGCAGUGAUCAGCAAGCGGGGUGGGAAGCUGUGCCUCCUAAUCCGAGUAGCUAAUCUCAGGAAGAGCCUGCUCAUCAGCAGUCACAUCUAUGGGAAGCUUCUGAAGACCACGGUGACGCCUGAAGGGGAGACCAUCAUUUUGGAUCAGACCAAUAUCAACUUUGUAGUCGAUGCUGGGAACGAGAAUUUAUUCUUCAUCUCCCCGCUGACAAUUUACCACAUCAUUGAUCACAACAGCCCCUUCUUCCACAUGGCGGCAGAAACCCUCCCCCAACAGGACUUUGAAUUAGUGGUGUUUUUAGACGGCACGGUGGAAUCCACCAGUGCUACCUGCCAGGUCCGCACAUCCUAUGUCCCAGAGGAGGUGCUUUGGGGCUACCGUUUCCUUCCCAUCGUGUCCAAGACCAAAGAGGGGAAAUACCGAGUGGAUUUCCAUAACUUCAGCAAGACAGUGGAAGUGGAGACCCCUCACUGUGCCAUGUGCCUUUAUAAUGAGAAAGACACGAGAGCUAGGAUCAAGAGAGGCUAUGACAAUCCCAACUUUAUCUUGUCAGAAGUCAAUGAAACAGACGACACCAAGAUGUAGCAGUGGCUUUUCAACCUGAGUAAAACUAGAUCUUUAGAGUAGCUAGAGACCAGAAGUAUUAUGAAGCAAUCAACCAUUUAGGGGUAAGAAAGUAGGAUGAAAGUCUUCAAAUUCUACCAGCAUGAUGACCCCUGAACCCUAUAAAUGUGAUCCUACAAGACUCGUGGCUCCCAAGGCUACUGGAUUGGAACAUGCAACGCAUUUAUGUGAAACUGGCUUAUGGAAGCCAUGGACACUCACUUUGACCAUGACUAGGAUUGUUUGAGAUCAUGUAGUAUUGGUGGGAAUGGGAAAAAAAAUCAUUAAAAGUUUCAUGGACGGGUCAGAUAAGAUAUUGAAGUUUCCUUGAAGUAGUUCUGAACAUUGUAGGAUCAGGGAGUGCUAUAUUCUCCAUUUGACUCUAUUGACAAGAAAGACAUCACUCUUAUUUUAACCUUGACUUCUCUCAAUGGGAAAAUUGCCUCCUGCACUGGGGGAGAUGAACUACCUGAUCACAAGAGAAAACUGCUACACAAAGCACAACUUGAGACUCUAACCUUUCUGAGCCCUGGUCUUUGGUGGCUUUGUCUUAGUCUGUAACAUGGGUGUUUCAGGGGGGGCAAGGCACAAGCCAGGGGCUCUGCCCCUCCCCCUACUUGAGAUGGAGAGGAGCACUCAGGAGCAGCACCUGCUUUAUGAUAUCCAGGUGCUGUGGCCCCUGCUGGGCUUUGGCCCAAAUGAUCUCAUGUGGAACAUUUAGACAGAGGCUACAUCCGCAUUCUAGAAUGUUGAUGAACACUUCCCUGCAAGCCAGAAUGCUUGAGUUGAGAGUGGAGGCAAUGCCUCUUCAGUCUGUUAUGGAUGGUUCAGGAGUUACACAUCUGUUAAAAGAGCAUUUCUUGCUCUUCCAAGAUGGCAAUGAGGACUUUGAAGGUGCAAUGUCAGUCUGAGAAAAAAAAAUGUUUCUGAGAACAAAAGUCCCUUGUGUUCUCUCCCCAGUGUUUGUCCAGAAAUGCAAUUUCUGAAAGAGAAAUGGGAAAGAGCAAGGACCUGGAUGUGGUCUCACAGUCAGGACAUCUCUGGGUCUUCCUUUCUCUGACAACCCACACCACAUCUUCCUAAAAGGCAUCAAUUUAAUGUAAAGAUUGCCCUUUGGGGAAGGUUUUACUGUGAAUGUCUUGUUCGGUUCCUCCCUUGCCUUAUUUUGUAUGUAUCCUGGAAAAAAAUGGUACUGAAAGCUGCUUGAGAAUGAAAAUGUUUUUAGUGGAUCGAUUAACAUUAAAUUUCUGAAACUGUG